GCCGGUCAGUGUACGCCACUGAAUAAGACGAUCGUUUAAGGACCAUUCGCGGACCUCUUGCCGCAGUGUCUUCCACAGUGCUGCAACGCGCGUAUUAUUUGCUCCAGAGUUGGUUGGUUUUUAAAAAUUAUUUUUUCUUUUUGAUUUUUUGACACAGUUUUAAAGACAAAAAUAAUUUUACAGCGUUUUCACUCGAAGCGAAUAAGUAUAUACUAUUUAACGAGCUACACGGUGCCGCCGACACGAUGAAGUACACGACCUACCUCUUGGCCGCGUUAUUAUUGGUAACGCUGUGGUCAACAGAUGUAGACAGCAGACGAGUGAACCUGAAACCGGCGGCUSCUGACGAAGGUGAACAAGAAGACGCGCAGGCCUCUGCCGACGAUGAGGUGCGCCAGCAACAGUUCAAGCCAGUGUUGAUCGCACGCAGGCCUUUGCAACAAAGGCCACAGACGGAUGUCGAAACCGAACGGCAACCAGUGGUUGUGAUCAGACAAUCUCCCAGGGUGUUGCAGCAGCGAGCCCGCGAACAGCAACAAGAAGCUGCCGCCGAUGAAGAAGACGAACAGCCGGAGGUGAUCAUCAGACAGCAGCCAACGAGAGCAGGUCCGAGGUCACAGUCACCACAGGCCCAGCAUAUCGUCCAGCAGCGACUCAAGCAACAGGAACAGCCGCAGCAGCAAAAGGAACCGACCGCGCAGACCAUCCGAAACUUCAACAAACUGAACGAUGACGGUUCGUUCACGUUCGGUUACGAGGCUGACGAUGGUAGCUUUAAAGAGGAGACCAGRGGAACGGACUGUGUGGUCAGGGGCAAGUACGGUUACGUAGACCCGGACGGUAACAAACGGGAGUUCACGUACGUGCAAGGCAACCCGUGCGACCCGAACGCGGUUGCGGCGGAAGAAGACGAUGACCAACCAGGSAAACCGGGUGAAGAGGAGAACGUUCCCUCCAACAAUCCCGUGAACGCUGGCAAGCCCAAGCCCAAGAAGAACCGUCCGACCACCACACUGUUCCAGCAGACGUUCGGCGAUUUCGAACCACAGCCGCAAUCACAGCCGUCCACGACUCCACGCCCACCGGGUAGACAGCAGCUACAGCCGAUGUUCCAGGAAAGUCCCAGAAGACCACCCCCACAGAUAUUGUCACCAACCACGGCAGCGCCGCCACCAUCACCACAAUUCCUAUCAGCCGCCGGAAACUUGGAGUCGGCCAUCCGAAACUUGCCGCAACCAUCAUCGCCAUCGGGCAAGGUGCAGCUUCAAUCGCCCGCCGGGCCCAACUCUCCACUGUACACGACCGAACUGGUUUUCGACCCGGCCACCGGUCAAUACAACACGGUAAUAUUCCAACAGGUACCCAAACAGGAGGCCGCCAUCAACAUCAACCAGCGUCUGCCCUUGCAGGGAGCAACGGCUCCGACUAGACAACAGCCCCUACUGCAACAGCAGUUCCGACCCCAAGCCCCACCACAAUUCCAACAACCACAACCACAAUUCCGACCGGCGAUCCAACCGUUCCAGUCGCCGUUCCAGCCUCAGAGACCGGUCGAAUUUGACUUCCAGCGGCCUUCCGCAGGAUUCCCUGGAGCUCCGGGRCCACAACAGCAAUUGGUGCAGCAGCAGCAAGCCACGGCUUUCCAACAGUCCCAAAACCUAUUCAGACAACAGCARCAGAAACAGCAACAGCAACAGCAAUCGUUCCAACCGCAAUCAUCGCMGCAGUUCUUCCCUCCGCCAUCACAGCGUUUUGAACCGGCGUCGCAGUUCRCGCCAAAACAGCCACAGCGAUUCGAACAGCAACCGGAWGCGCACCAACAGCAAUUCGURCUCGUCCAACCUGGCCGAACACCCGGACAACAAAGCUUGGCCGYCGGCCAGAUCGACGCGUUUCUAAGAGGCCAUAACGUGCAAUUCUAGACGGAAUAAUUCAAUAAUAUUUCCAUUUGUAAAUAACAUAUUAAUAAUAAUAAUAGUAUAGACAUUGCGUACAGCGACUCAUACUAUACAUUUUCGCUAUACGCCAUUCAUUAUAUAGGUGUGAUAACUAUAUAAUAUACAUACAUUAUACAUAAUAUUAUAUUUUGUAUAUUUU